CGAGGACGACGACGACAAUGGAGCGGGUUCUCCAGACCCGAGCUCAGACAACGACGCCGAGAUGGAGGAUGCGGAUGAUGUCGACGCAGACGGCGAAGGAGACGCAGACGCUGAUGGGGAUGUUGAUGGAGACGGAGACGGAGACGGCGACAAUGACGAAGAAGAGGGUGACAAUGACGAGGAAGAUGAGCAAGAGGAGGACGAGUCGCCUUCAAGACCAGCGAAUAUCCGCCGUACCACUCUCACAAACGGCGUCCCCACCACCACUCGAGCUUCAGGAGCUCGAGAAGGCAGUGCGAGCAUCUCGAAUCCAAGGGUAUUGUUGACCUCGCCGUCCCCCAGAGCUGCGUCUCUCCCCGGCGCAGGACUGCCAUUCCGACCAAGCGUGCGCGCCGAAGCACUCACAGCUCCCGUAUACGACAUUGUCCCAACAAUCGCGGCGCCGCAUAGCACGUCGAUCAAUGCUAUUACCGCGACCCCGGAUAUGCGCUGGGUGUUCAGUGGUGGAGCAGAUGGAUACAUCAGGAAGUUCAAUUGGGUGGAUACCGCAAACUUCAAGCUUGCGCUCACGGUUGCGCAACGACACCCGUUUGUCGACAGUGUCACGAAGGCUGGAGUACUGAUGAGCUAUUGGGAAAAUGAAGAAGAACAACGCAGCGGCACGGAUGACUCGCCGCUCCUCUCCUCCGUCUAUUCGCUCGCUGUACACCACCAAGGCCUGUGGUUGUUAUCGGGACUCGAGUCUGGAGGCAUCAACCUACAAUCCGUGCGCCACGACGAAGGGAGGCGUAUAACUUGCCUUCGCGAGCACACCUCUGCAGUAUCUGUCCUUUCCCUAGCCCAGGACGAGAAGUCAGUGCUCUCAGGAAGCUGGGACAAGAGAAUCAAUGACUGGGACCUCAAUACCGGCCAGGUCAAGCGUCGUUACCAGAGCAGUGGCGCGCAGAUCUCAGCCAUAGAGCAGCGUCCGCUAUCCACUUUGCCGGUUCCGCAAGACACAGGACCCGCAGUCGUCUCCAACGGGACCUUCUCCUCAAACAACGCAGCUAAACCCCUUCCUAAUGGAGUCAAUUCGAACGGAGUGUCAUCUGGAAGGCCUACUCAGCCUCGCCAGGAAGAGGCCGGCAAUGAGGAUGUGCAGGGCUCUCCUGAAGACUCCCUCUUCGGCGACAAAGACUCCCUGUUCGGCGAUGACAAAAGCGGAGGAGUCGCGCCUUUCGGAGACGACGAAGACGAUGAAUUUUCCCGGGCAAUCGCAAGCGGCAUCCAGCAGCAAGACGACGAAGACGCAGACGCGCAGGGCGACAUCGACAUGAUAGACGCAGGAGGGCCUGUCCAGCCGCCCGCUCCCGUUGCCGAACUAGACCAAUCUGCUAGAGAGCCACCACAAACCUCGGACGAACUGACGAUGAACGGAGAAACGGACUCCCAAACCACUGGCACCAUAAACGGUCUCCCCCACUCCGAAGACACCUCUACCAUCGCCGGCAGUUCCAACGGCCAAGUCGACCCAGCACCUUCCUCCGAAACCACCUUCGUCGACGCCUCUAUCGACGGAACAUUGCGCAUCUGGGACCGCCGGCAGCCUAACCCCGUCGCCCGCAUCCUCCCAACCCACACCCCUCCGUGGUGCAUGAACGCGUGCUGGUCACCCGACGGCAACUUCAUCUACGCUGGCCGCCGAAAUGGCACUGUUGAUGAAUACAGCCUCCACAAAGGCCUACGCGAGCCCCGCCGAACUUUCAAAUUUCCAGGCGUAAGUGGGCCUGUAAGUGCUGUGCGUGCGAUGCCGAACGCUAAGCAUCUCGUCUGCGCGUCCUACGAUAUCCUCCGCUUGUAUGACUUAAAGGAGCAAGAAGGGGCACGCUACGCGGCGGUGCCGUACCUCAUUGUGCCGGGGCACCGCACGGGGGUCAUUUCGCAGCUGUAUAUUGACCCUACGUGCAGCUUUAUGAUUAGUACGGGCGGAAACCGGGGCUGGGAGGGGGCCUCGACGGAGGUGUUGUUAGGUUAUGAGAUUGGCAUUGGCUCGUGAAUUAGUAUAUAUACCCAUCUUGUCUGCGCGGCGUUUUGAGGAUCUGGAGUGGAUCCUGGGGGGUUAUGCAUAAGGAAAAAUAGGUGUUAGUAGGCGGCUGAUUCACGAGCGGUUAUUUGAUACCUUUGUCAGCUGAAUGAUAUGCAGUGCGUGUAAAUGGGAUGGGAGUGUGAUGGUACUGCCUG